CCGAGAUGCCCAGACAGUUUCCAAAGCUGAACAUCUCUGAGGUUGAUGAGCAUGUGCGACUUCUGGCAGAGAAGGUAUUUGCUAAAGUCCUCCGAGAAGAAGACAGCAAAGAUGCCUUGUCACUAUUCACUGUGCCUGAAGACUGCCCUAUCGGACAGAAAGAGGCCAAGGAAAGGGAACUGCAGAAGGAACUGGCAGAACAGCAGUCUGUGGAAACAGCUAAAAGGAAGAAAAGUUUCAAGAUGAUUCGAUCCCAGUCUUUGUCAUUACAAAUUCCAUCUCAGGAAUGGAAAGCACCAUCAGCCAAUCCUGUUAUAUCUCCUGGAACACCAGUUCUUCCAAGUGCUUUUCUGCCAGUCCAAGUGCCAUACGAUGUACCAGAGUUUCAGAGAGUUUCAAUUAGUGGGGACUACUGUGCAGGGGUUACAGUGGAUGAUUACGAACAAGCUGCCAAGAGCCUGGUGAAAGCUCUUCUCAUUCGAGAAAAGUAUUCACGUCUUGCCUACCAUCGCUUCCCAAGAACAACAUCUCAGUAUUUGUGUAGCAUGCAAGAUGAAAAAUGGAAAGUUGAAGAUGAAGUGUAUCCAGAUUUCCACUCGCCUCCAGAAGAAAAUGAAGAUCCUUACAAUCUUGAUGAUGCUCCAGACAAUUUGGAUUACGUUAUCAAGAUAAAAGGUGGCAUUCCUUUUGUUUAUGAUAACAAAGAAAUGAUGGAACUCAAUGAACCUCGGAGUCUGCCAUAUCCUGACCUGGAGACGUAUACUCUUGACCUGAGCCACGUUCUUGCUCUAAUUGCAGAUGGUCCAACAAAAACGUAUUGUCAUCGGAGGCUUAACUUUUUAGAGUCUAAAUUUAGUUUACAUGAGAUGCUAAAUGAAAUGUCGGAAUUUAAAGAACUAAAGAGUAAUCCCCACCGAGACUUUUAUAAUGUGAGAAAGGUUGAUACUCAUAUCCAUGCUGCUGCUUGCAUGAACCAGAAACACCUACUGAGGUUUAUUAAGCACACGUAUCAAAUGGAGCCUGACAGGAUUGUUGCAGAGAAAAAAGGCAGGAAGAUGACUUUAAAGCAAGUCUUCGAAAGCCUUCACAUGGACCCUUACGACCUCACUGUAGACUCUUUAGAUGUCCAUGCAGGUCGUCAGACAUUUCAUCGAUUUGACAAAUUCAAUUCCAAGUACAAUCCAGUUGGUGCCAGUGAGCUGAGGGACUUGUAUUUGAAAACUGAGAACUACAUUGGCGGUGAAUAUUUCGCUCGUAUGGUCAAGGAAGUAGCCCGUGAACUAGAAGAAAGUAAGUACCAGUAUACAGAACCCCGCUUAUCCAUUUAUGGACGGUCUCCAGAUGAAUGGCUGAACUUGGCAAAAUGGUUCAUUAAGCAUAAAGUUUAUUCCCCUAAUAUGCGCUGGAUAAUUCAGGUUCCCAGAAUCUAUGACAUAUUUAGGUCAAAAAACAUUCUGCCUAGUUUUGGGAAGAUGCUGGAGAACAUCUUUGUACCUCUCUUUGAAGCAACAAUCAAUCCCAAAGACCACAGAGAAUUGCACCUUUUCCUCAAAUAUGUGACUGGCUUUGACAGUGUUGAUGAUGAGUCCAAGCACAGUGGCCAUAUGUUCUCUGACAAGAGCCUUAACCCUGACCUCUGGACCAGUGAGAAGAAUCCACCGUAUAGCUAUUAUUUGUAUUAUAUGUAUGUGAACAUCAUGUUGCUAAACAACCUUAGGAGGGAAAGAGGCAUGUGUACUUUUCUGUUCCGACCUCACUGUGGAGAAGCUGGGUCUAUCACACACCUUGUAUCAGCCUUUCUCACAGCAGACAACAUUUCUCACGGAUUGCUCUUGAAGAAGAGCCCUGUCCUCCAGUAUCUUUAUUAUCUUGCCCAAAUACCUAUUGCUAUGUCUCCACUUAGCAACAACAGCCUAUUCCUGGAGUACUCAAAAAAUCCACUACGGGAAUUUCUACAUAAGGGACUUCACGUCUCUCUCUCCACAGAUGAUCCUAUGCAGUUUCAUUACACGAAGGAAGCUCUCAUGGAAGAAUAUGCUAUUGCAGCCCAGGUGUGGAAACUAAGUACCUGUGACUUGUGUGAAAUAGCAAGAAACAGCGUACUACAGAGCGGGCUGUCAGACAAGGAAAAACAGAAAUUCUUAGGGGUGAAUUACUGUAAAGAAGGGCCUGAGGGAAAUGACAUUCGAAAGACAAACGUUGCACAGAUCCGGAUGGCCUUCAGGUACGAGACACUGUGCAAUGAACUUAGUUUCCUGUCUGAUGCUAUGAGAACAGAAGAGAUUUCUACUCUGUCGAAGUAG